AUGCCAAUCAAAUACAGCAUAGUUGUUCCCGCAUACAAGGAGGGUGGGAACCUAGAUUCGCUCACAAGGCAGGUGUUUGAUGCCCUCACGGAUGCCGGUUUUGCCAAGAAUGAGGUGGAGAUGCUCAUCGUUGACGAUAAUUCACAGGAUGGUUCGGUCGAGGCCGUAAAGAAGCUGCAGACGGAGGGGUACGGCGUACGCAUUGAUGUUCGAACGACGGAGCGUGGGUUGAGCAGCGCGGUUAUUCAUGGUAUUUCCAACUCCAAGGGAAACUUCAUUUUCGUUAUGGACGCGGAUCUGCAACAUCCACCCAAAGCAGUUCCUCGUCUGUUCCGCGCCCUCGAAAGCCCAGGGGUGGAGUUUGUCUGCGGCACCAGGUAUGGCGCAGGCGUGGCCAUCGAUGGCGACUGGCCGCUGCAUCGACGCUUCAUCUCAUGGGGCGCCCGCGCGCUUGCUCGCCCACUCACGCCUCUCAGUGACCCCAUGUCAGGCUUCUUUGGCCUCCGUAAGGAUGUUUUUCAGCGUGGCGUCGAAGAUUUGAGCCCCAUUGGCUACAAAAUAGCCCUGGAGCUUUUUGUUAAGUGCCACGUGCAAAAGUACGAGGAAGUAGGCUUUAACUUUGCCACUCGAACGGUGGGUGAGAGCAAGCUAACGGGGAAGGUGAUGGUUCACUACCUGAGGCACCUCAAGGACCUGUACCUCUAUGCGUUUGGUGUGUGGGCGCUGCUUGUGCCGCUGAUCAUGGUGUUGGUUCUUCUUUGCUGUUUGAAGCACUUUUUGUAG